CGUUUCGUCAUAAUAUUAUUAAUGUAUUAUUAUGAUACGAAUUAAUAGAGAGAGUUGAGAGGUAAGACCAAAUAAAACUUGUGCCUUUUCAGGAAUAAGCUAAGCUUAAUUGGAAUCUGAAUCCCCUCGUCAAUUAAACUUUGGCCCUGGCUUUCAGUUUGCUUCUUUACAGUGGCAGCUAAACAAGAUCGCAUGACUUCCACGGCGAAAACCACUUUAAUUUUGUUGAUUUCAUUACUCUUUGCCUCUUGUUUAACUUAUGGGGAGGAAUCAUCAAAGAAUAAAUUUCGGGAGCGAGAAGCAACCGAUGAUGCACUCGGUUAUCCUGAAAUAGACGAGACUGCAUUGUUGAAUACGCAGUGCCCUAGAAAUUUGGAGCUGAGAUGGCAAACAGAAGUCAGCUCUAGCAUUUAUGCUUCUCCUUUGAUUGCUGACAUUAAUAGUGAUGGGAAGCUUGAUAUAGUAGUUCCUUCUUUCGUUCACUACCUUGAAGUUCUUGAAGGUUCUGAUGGUGACAAAAUGCCAGGUUGGCCUGCUUUCCAUCAGUCAACGGUGCAUGCCAGUCCUCUUCUAUAUGAUAUUGACAAGGAUGGUGUUAGAGAAAUUGCUUUGGCUACUUACAAUGGUGAAGUUCUCUUCUUCAGGGUAUCGGGCUAUAUGAUGACAGAGAAACUGGUGGUACCUCGUAGGAGGGUUAGAAAAGAUUGGCAUGUGGGUUUGAAUCCUGACCCUGUAGAUCGUUCUCAGCCAGAUGUUCAUGAUGACCAACUUGUCUUUGAGGCUAUGGAAAAGAAAUCAGAGUCUCAAACAACUGGAAGCACGCAUGGUAGCACUCCAGAAAAGAACAGUGCAAUUUCUGCAUCAACAGAAAGUACAAUUCCACAAAGUGUAACUGUUCCUGUAAACGAGAAUCAGACAGAUCCCAUCAUCAAACUGCCCAUAAACAUGGAUAAUUCUUCUAAAGAUACCAUGUCAGCUGGACUAAAUAAUCCUGAGAAUGGGAACAACACUGAAUCAGUUGGAACCAAUACUACUGAGAAGGGAACAAAAACUGGGAGACGACUCCUGGAAGAUGACAAGACCAAGGAUUCCCAGGAAGGUAGUUUGGAGUCGGGAGAGAACAACAGUGAGAAUGUUCAUGAAGCAACUGUGGAGAAUGAUGAAGGGUUGGAAGCAGAUGCAGACUCUUCUUUUGAGUUAUUCCGUGAUACCGAUGAAUUGGCUGAUGAGUAUAGUUAUGAUUAUGAUGAUUAUGUUGAUGAUACCAUGUGGGGAGAUGAGGAGUGGACCGAGGAGAAGCAUGAGAAAUUGGAGGAUUAUGUCAAUAUUGAUUCACAUAUCUUGUGCACUCCUGUCAUAGCAGACAUUGAUAAUGAUGGGGUAUCAGAAAUUAUUGUUGCAGUUUCAUACUUCUUUGAUCAUGAGUACUAUGACAAUCCAGAGCAUUUGAAAGAACUAGGAGGCAUUGAUAUUGGAAAAUAUGUUGCUGGUUCUAUUGUUGUAUUUAACCUUGAUACAAAGCAAGUUAAGUGGACUAAAGAAUUGGAUCUAAGUACAGAUACUUCAACUUUCCGUGCAUAUAUAUAUUCAUCCCCCACAGUUGUAGAUUUGGAUGGGGAUGGGAAUUUGGACAUUCUUGUUGGAACUUCAUUUGGCUUAUUCUAUGUCCUAGAUCAUCAUGGAAAUAUAAGAGAAAAAUUUCCUCUUGAAAUGGCUGAAAUUCAAGGUGCCGUAGUUGCAGCAGAUAUUAAUGAUGAUGGAAAAAUAGAAUUAGUGACUACAGAUACACAUGGAAAUGUUGCUGCAUGGACUUCACAAGGAAAAGAGAUUUGGGAGAGACAUCUUAAGAGUCUUGUUUCCCAGGGCCCGACUGUAGGUGAUGUUGAUGGGGAUGGCCGGACUGAUGUUGUAGUCCCAACGAUAUCAGGGAACAUAUAUGUUCUUAGCGGCAAGGAUGGUUCAAUUGUUCGGCCAUACCCAUAUAGGACUCAUGGGAGAGUGAUGAAUCAAGUUCUUCUUGUUGAUUUAAGUAAGCGUGGGGAGAAAAGCAAGGGACUCAGUCUUGUGACAACAUCAUUUGAUGGAUACUUAUACCUUAUAGAUGGGCCGACAUCUUGUGCUGAUGUUGUUGAUAUUGGCGAAACUUCAUAUAGCACAGUCUUGGCAGACAAUGUUGAUGGCGGAGAUGACCUUGAUCUUAUUGUCACAACAAUGAAUGGAAAUGUCUUUUGCUUCUCAACACCUGUUCCACAUCAUCCCCUCAAGGCUUGGAGAUCAGCUAAUCAAGGAAGAAAUAAUGUGGCGAACCGCUAUAACCGCGAAGGGGUUUAUAUUACACCUUCAUCAAGAGCCUUUCGUGACGAAGAGGGAAAGAACUUCUGGCUGGAGAUUGAGAUUGUAGAUAAAUACAGAUAUCCUUCUGGAUCUCAAGCACCUUAUAAAGUCUCUACAACCUUGUUAGUCCCAGGUAAUUACCAAGGUGAGAGAAGGAUAAAGCAAAAUGAAACCUUUGACCGUCCUGGAAAAUAUCGCAUAAAACUUCCGACAGUUGGAGUAAGGACUACAGGGACUGUAUUGGUGGAGAUGGUUGAUAAGAAUGGACUCUAUUUCUCAGAUGAGUUCUCUCUCACAUUCCACAUGUAUUAUUAUAAAUUGCUGAAAUGGCUACUCGUCCUCCCAAUGCUUGGGAUGUUUGGUGUUCUAGUCAUUCUACGUCCGCAAGAAGCCAUGCCCUUACCAUCAUUUUCACGGAACACUGACCUGUGAAUUAAAUCGCCUGUGUCAACCUAUCAUGUAUGCCAAAGUUGCCUGAAGGUGAAUAGAUAAUUUCAGCUGAACUACAAAUCAACAACUUUAGGUGGUCGAAGGAUUGGACCUCAAGAGGAGUAUUUACUGGCAAGGCGUCAAGUGAUCAGUUUGAUUUUUGGACAGUGUAAGAUCGGAACUUGUAACAUACUUGAAAUUGAGAUGAGUAGGUGGAUUGAUAUUCUUAUACCAAAACAGGGGGAAAGGUGCUAAAUUUUCUUCCAGAAAUGAGAUAUUAGCUUUGGAAAUUCACAUAUUGUAGGACACUAGAUUAGGAAAUAGGUGCUUGUCAAUCUCCAGCCCCCAGCCCCCAGAUAUUACCAUCACAUGAUCUUCAGCUAACUUGUAUUUGCAGUGCCUUGGGGGAUCGCCUUGCUUUUUAUAUUUAACCUUCAAAGGAAGUUUUUCUUUUUUCUUUCUUGGGUGGGAUAUUUGCCCCAUAUUGUUAGACAGUAAAUCACAAAUUGUGUAUGAUGGGGGCUAAAUUUUACUCAUGUUCUCUAAAAUCAGCAAGUUCAGAUAUCAUCGACUUCAGUUCA